AGAAGAUCUAGCAGCAAGUAAAACAACCACCCAAAAAGUACCCAAAAGAUUUAAUUAAAAAAGAAGAAAAAAAAAGAGAGAACCCAUAAAAAGAUAAAUUAAGAACAGAAAAACAACAAAACACAUUUCCAUGGCCGCUCUGCUUGCAAAUGUUCAAAGCACUCUGAUUGACUUGUGUUUCCUCCGUCUCUCAUAGCUUGCUGUUUGGUGCAAUUCCCUUGUAUUUAGAUGUUUCCUUGUAAAGAGUCGUGGAUUCUCGCUAAUGGGUGCUCCUAAACAAAAGUGGACAGCGGAAGAAGAAGCAGCUCUUAAAGCUGGAGUGCGCAAGCAUGGGUCUGGUAAAUGGCAAACAAUUCUUAGAGAUCCAGAGUUCAGCCAUGUCCUUAGCUCCCGUUCGAAUGUGGAUCUCAAGGAUAAAUGGAGAAAUAUUAAUGUGACUUUGAGUGGCUUAGGUUCUCGAGAAAAAGCCAGGCUUGCACUUAAGAGGAAUCCAGUUCCCCAACUUGAUGACAAGCCUUCAGUGGUGAACAAGGUUGGGAGUGAUGAAAAAGCUGUGGAAGAUAAACUUGUUGGUGCACCCCCUGAGGUACUUGAGGUUGCUGAUUCAAAGAAAACAUAUACAAGGCUGGAUAACCUUAUAUUGGAGGCUAUAACAACACUUAAGGAGCCUAAGGGUUCUGAAAGGAAUGCAAUUGCCAUGUACAUAGAGGAGCGGUAUUGGGCACCUCCAAAUUUCAGUAAAUUAUUGGCGUCAAAAUUGAAGUUUAUGGCAUCAAAUGGCCAGUUGUCAAAGGUUAAGCACAGGUAUCGAAUAUCUGUGAGCUUACCAUCUUCGGAGACUACAAGAAAUUCAUCGGAUAGUAAACAUAAGGACAGUCCAAGGACAGAAAGCAAGGAACUUAAAGUUUUUACUAGGUCAGAGGUUGUUGCAGAAUUGGAGAAGAUGAAAAGUUUGUCAGCCCACGAAGCUGCCGCUGCAGCUGCACGAGCAGUUGCCGAAGCAGAAGCUGCUAUUGCAGAGGCCGAAAAGGCAGCAAGGGAAGCUGAGGCUGCAGAAGCUGAGGCUGAGGCUGCACAAGUUUUUGCUGAAGCAGCAAUUAAGGCGUUAAAUUGUCAAAAACUUCGUGCAUGCUGACAUAUGUUGCAGAUGGACUCGCCAGCUAAUGCUAUUGUACAUGACUGGUACGGAAACAUGGAUCAAAUUCAAUGGUUCAAGACUCUUUAGCGUGCCACUGUGUUCAUAUUAUAGUGUAAAAUGUUUGUCUCUUGUAUAUUUUUGGUAGUGAUCCAUGUGAAGAAACAUUUUGUUCACUUUCAGAACUGUCUCGUAGUGAAGACAAAGAGUUUGAUAGGAUGUUUAUAUUGGAAAAUGGACUGAAAAUCUGUAAUGCAGAAAUCUGAAGUACAAAAGUUUCAAAUUCCCAAUGGAAAUUUUUUGGUGGGUUUUAUUUUUA